AUGGGACUAGAGGGAUUGGCCCAUGCAGCCGAGAUCCCAAUAGCUAGCGAUAAAAUAUGGGAGUUGCAAGAGGUCGAGAAUUUAGCUAUUGGGAUGCAGGCUACUCGAUAUCUUGCUCGUAAGUGGCCUGGUAGUGCAAGCCUACUUCUGACGUUUGACCAUGAGUUUCAAGUUGCCUCGUUGGUCUUUCUGCUGUAUGACAUUAUCAGCACCAUAGACCUUGAAAGCGAGAUUUUUGCCCCCUCGCUUCAACUGUUGCAGUACGUACCUCAUAUGUGGGCGUUCUCCUACCGUCUGCGGCGAAAAGUUAACCAACCUCACACUCCUAUAGCGUUAUUCCGUUUCCGCCCCUCCCCACAGUUUUGCGUCAUAACAAGUAGUAUUUAUGUUUGGGGAACAUGUAUCAUAGUAGCUGGAGUUAUGUCGGUGUUGAUCACUCGGGUCUGGUUGUUAUACUUCCGCAAUCCAUGGGUCCUUAUAUCUCUCCUCACUUUGGGCGUUCUAGUCAGCCUACCGCCCAUUCUAAUAAUCUCGAUCGUAUUCAAGCAGGCCAUCCAUCUCAACGAAAACCCGGCGCCGGACGUAAUACCGGGUUGCUUGUUUGGUGGGGCUUCGAAAUGGAGCUGGGUUCCAUAUAUUGGUACCACGCUCUAUGAGACUCUAUUAUUUGCAUUGACCGUGUACAAAGCCGCGAACAUAUUCACGAUAGCCGGUUCGAAGAUUCCCAUUAUUUACGGAUGUGCAACUGGAUCUGGAUUGCUUGGAUCUAUCAUGUCCGCCAUGUGCAGCCGGAUGCUUCUCUCCACAAAAAGUAUCGUCUUCUUUGGACGCUUCGAAUCCGAACGCCACGAACGUAUACGGGAACAAGUGAUGUCCAUAAGCGAGACGAUCAGGGUUCCCCGGUUCCGUCGAAACCAAGACUUGAGCUAUUGGGGAAUAAUUGAAGUAGAUCGAACGAGGUUGCACAUCGCAAGCGGCAAGGGCCGAGAUGGUGAGCUAGCGAUGAGAGAAGAAGUAAUAGGGAUUGCGGUCGAAGAAGAAGCUCAGUCUCAGUUGGCGCCGUUGCCGGUUAUGUACAUCCCUGGUGGGCCUGGUUUGAGGAGCGGCUGGAUACGACGAGAUUCAGAAGGAGAGAUCGUGGUGAAAUAA